AAGGAUGUGUCUGAAGUGUCAGCGGACCUAAAGAGGAAGAGGAAGAGGACAAAGAAGAAGGUGGAAGAAAGAGGCCGGCAGAGCAUGCAGGAGGUGGUGAAGAAACGGCCAAUAAUCUCUGCUAGAGAAAGAGGCCCGGGCCCUGGACGCUACCGGCUGCCCCCUACAGUCGGAUACAUCAACCAUGACUUCACCAAGCCCAGCAGCCCUGCAUACUCCUUUCACAGCCGCAUGAGCAGUGCCAUGGUCUCUGUGGACUGCAGCCCAGGUCCAAGGUACCAAAUUGACGCCAAGGUCACUCGGUUUGGCCGAAUGGAAACCCCCUCCUAUUCCAUUCUGGGCAGAGGGAGGCGCAUGGGGAAUGAUAAAGGUGAGCCAUUCCAGACUCCAGGGCCGGGGGCCUACAGCCCAGAGAGGGCUCCACCCCUCAACGCUCACCACAGACCACCAUCAUACACCAUUGGCAGCCGCACCAGAUAUCGCUCUGUGGACGCUGUGCCAGCGCCAAACAGCUACAGUCUCCCUAAUCUGCUGGGCUGCCAUGUUCCCAACAAACCCUCCAGUGCCAGCUACAGCUUCUUAGGCCGGAGGAAGGUCGGAGCUCCCUCCGAAGAUCUCUCCAUGAGCCCUGGACCGGCAAAAUACGACACCACCAGCCCGGACAUUUACCGCCAGCGCCAGCCCUCCUUCUCCAUACAGAAACGGACUAAGAAGCCUAAUUAUUCCUCUGCUAUCCCCGGCCCCGGCACGUACAGCCCGGAAAAGUUUUACACACACCUCCCCAAACCGCCCUCCUUCUCUUUGGGUGUCAGACACUCUGAGUUUGUCACCCCGCUUGUGGUGGAUGUUGUUGACUGACAGGGCUGCGGAU